AUUUGUGACACAAUACACGUCAGGUGUUCUUGACAACCGCCAGUCUGAUUAAAUAUUAGCAUUAAUACGUAUAAAAAUCUUGUCAAACUGUCAAUAAAUUUAUCACUAAAGUAAAUUACAUAAUUUUAUAAAUUAAAGGUGUCUUUUAUAUGAAAUUGAACUGUAUUUUCACUUAAGUUUUUUCAUUUUUUACGUGCUAACCUUCAACGUUCACUCCAGAGAUCAAAACGCAUUACAAUGACUAGUGUUCAGACAACAAUUAAAUUUCCAGUUACAAAAAGAAGUUCAUUUUAUGGUAUUAAUAAAACUGCUAAGCAAGAUUUUACCAAUGCUACGACUCGAUGUACUUCAUCAUAUGAAAGAUAUGUUCCUUCAGUUAAGAAAAUUAUGACAAUUAGUAGCAAUGAGUCCGAUUCAGAAAAUCUGAAAAAAUUGAGACAAAAGACUGUAGAAGAACCUAAGACUCCUAGAAGAUCUAAGAGAAAUAAAAAGCCAUCGGAGAGCAAAGAUGACGUCGAAUCUACUCCUCCGAAGCAACAAAAACCGACACCUCCAAACACUCCAUCAACACUUUUGAAUGGCUUACAUCUAGAAUCUCCAUCAAAACGAAAAGAUCAUUUAGCUCCAAAAAAAUUGUUUGCUGAAAAAUAUCAAAGUGCUAGAAAUGCUUUACACAGUGGUAUACCAGAGAAUCUUAUUGGAAGAGAGUCUGAGCUUGCUGAGUUGAAUUCUUUUAUAAAGGAUAAUUUAGAACAUGAAUCUUCAGGAUCUUUGUAUAUAUCAGGCCCACCAGGAACUGGAAAAACGGCUUCUUUAUCAAAAAUUAUGCUUCAGCCGGAAUUCAAGGCAGCUUUUAGAAUUGUUUUUGUUAAUUGUACGUCUAUUAAAUCAGCGGGAACGAUUUAUAAAGAGAUUCUUCAAAAAUUAAAUAUCCCAACUCCGAAAUCUGAAAAAUAUAGUAAAAUUACAAUUGAAAAAUAUUUAACAGAAUCAAAGAAAAUGACUCUACUUGUUCUGGAUGAAAUCGAUCAACUAGACUCGAAAAGACAAACUGUUUUAUAUUCAAUUUUUGAAUGGCCUUCCAUUCCUAAUUCUAAAUUAUUACUUGUUGGUAUUGCUAAUGCUUUAGACUUGACUGAUCGUAUUUUGCCAAGACUUCAAGCUAGAUGUGAGCUAAAACCAAAGCUGAUGCACUUUGCUCCCUACAAUAAAGAGCAAAUUGCGAAGAUUAUUUCUAUGAGAUUACAAGAAGCCAAUGUAUCAGAUGUUUUCCCUGGAAUGGCUGUGCAAUUAUUAGCUGCAAAAGUCGCCUCUAUGUCUGGAGAUAUUAGAAAAGCAUUAGAUCUUAGUCGAAGGGUUAUAGAAUCAGCAGAAAACCAAAAAAUUUUGAAUGAUGUUUUACAACCUACUAUUGAUAACACUGAAAAUGGUGGUAGUCCUAAAAAACAACCACCCGUGACUGAAAAACCUGUAGAAUUAAAAGAGGUUUUUGCUGUAUUAAAUGGUGUUUAUGGAGGAAUUCAGAAUCUCAAUAAGAAUGAAGAAACAUUUCCUCUGCAACAAAAAUUACUGCUUUGUUCUCUUAUGCUUAUUCUUAACAAAGGUCGUAAUAAAGACAUUACAAUGAGUAAAUUACAUGAAGUUUACACAAAAGUGUGCCAGAAAAGGAAUAUUCAUGCUGUAGAUAGCUCUGAAUUUGUUGGACUAUGUGCCUUGAUUGAAACACGUGGAAUUUUACGAGUUAUCAAGAAAAAAGAAGCUCGAUUUUGUAAAAUUGCUCUUUUAUGGGACCAAGAAGAACUUGGAGCUGCUUUACAAGACAAAAACAUGAUGGCUGAAAUUAUUAAUGACGUUUCUUGCCUUUAAUAUUUAUUAAUAUUCUCUAUUUAUUAACUGCGGCCUUCUAUUUAUUUUUAUAUAAUUAACUUUUUAUGAAAUAUAACGAUUUUAA